CUUAUGCAGUGCAAACUGCACAUUUUGUAAAUAUGCACUUGUGCAGUAAAUUCUUGUAUAUUAUAUCAAACCAUCUUCACACCAACUCAAGACAGGCAACUUUAUUCACUUGCCAGGCUUGGUAAUUAAGAAGUCCAAGAAAUCAGAAUGAGCAAGAGGGUAGCUGUCAUCGGUGCUGGUAUCAGUGGAAUAGCAGCCAUCAAAUGCUGCCUGGAUGAGGGCCUCCAGGUCACUUGCUUUGAGAGAUCAGACCGAAUCGGUGGGCUCUGGGCUUACAGGGAGGACCGAGAUGGCCAGGGCUGCGUGUUUAAGUCCACUAUCAUCAACACCAGCAAAGAGAUGACGUGCUACAGCGACUACCCUAUCCCAAAGGAAUAUCCAAAUUACAUGCAUCACUCCUACAUCGAGAAGUACUUCCUGAGCUACGUGGACCACUUCGAUCUGAAACGGCACAUCCAGUUUCGCACCGAAGUCCAGAAAGUCGCUCAGGCUGCCGAUUAUGACACGACGGGGCGGUGGCAAGUCACCACGAAGAAUCGCGACAGCAGCGAGUGCACCACCGAUCUCUUCGAUGCUGUGAUGAUCUGCACCGGUCAUCACACAACCCCUCACAUCCCUGACUUUCCAGGUCUCAAGGACUUCCAAGGAACAGUAACCCACACUCACGAAUACAAAACGCCCUACCAUUUGAUCGACAAGCGAGUUGUCGUCAUCGGUAUCGGUAACUCCGGAGGGGAUGCAGCAGUUGAACUAAGUCGUAUCUCGUCCAAGGUUUUUCUUAGUACAAGGACUGGAGCUUGGAUUUUCAAUCGUGUGAAUCUUCUAGGCAAUCCAUUUGAUAUUGUGUUCACGAGGCGAUGCAUUGACGCCCUUCCUCUCACUUUGAAAAACGCAAUCACAAAGCGGCAGAUGCAAAUUAAUUUUGACCAUUCCAAGUAUGGAAUGCGGCCUAAGCACAACCCAUUCCAGGCCCAUCCCCUUGUCAGUGACGACCUUCCAAAUCGAAUCCUGAGUGGCACUGUUACUCUCAAGCCCAAUGUAGCCCGCUUCACCAAAACUGGGGUCGAGUUCGUGGAUGGGACAUUUGAGGAUGACAUCGACUGUGUGAUUCUUGCCACGGGAUACACAUUCAGCUUUCCCUUCGUGGACUGCCCUUCGUUCCAAGUGGUCAAGAAUGACGUGUCAUUGUACAAGUAUGUCUUUCCCACUGACCUCAAACACCCAACGAUAUGUACCAUUGGCUUGGUUCAGCCUAUUGGAGCUAUCCAUCCUGCCUCUGAGCUCCAGUGUCGUUGGGCUGCACGCAUCUUCAACGGCCAAGCGCGUCUGCCGCCCCGCCCAGAGAUGGAAGCCUCCGUCAAGAAGGCCAAAGAUGACAUGAGCAAGCGUUACAUCAAAUCUCAACGUCACACCAUACAAGUGGACUGGAUCAAGUACAUGGACAGCAUCGCUGUUGAGAUAGGAGUCAAGCCGGAUUUAUGGAAGUUGUUCUGGUCGGAUCCAGCCCUGGCACUCCGCUGCUUCUUUGGUCCUUGUUUACCCUACCAGUACCGCCUGAUGGGACCUGGGAAGUGGAAUGGAGCAAAGGAUGCUAUCAACACCAUGUGGGAGAGAGUCGAUGCACCACUGAAGACGCGCCUCCCAGCUGUCCGAGAGGAUAGGUCGGGGGCCGCAAUUAUACUACUGUGGUUGGGUUUGGCUUUCCUUCUCAUAUAUCUUGUUAUACUCAUUGUCUUGUAAAACUGGAACAUUGUGGCUGAGAUCGAAACUUUCCCACAAGACUCCUGUUUAAGUCAAUAGAAUAACUCAUCAAAAAUUUUCCACAGAAGCAUACAUAACACGAAUAAGUAUAGAAUUAGUGAAAGUAUUAAUUGUUACUUAGGGGGGCCUUGUAUAUGAGUGUGCUGGUGUGUGUACUUAUAGAAUUACUGGCAUUUUAUUAUAUUUACACGAGUGGGUAUAUGCAAGUCAAAAGAAUCGAGGAAUUGCAAUAAGAAAUCCGAGUUUGGUUAGAAGUGCGCAGUGGGAGUUUAUCUGCUCACAUUACACUAUGGUAGAACACAUGUGUUUGGA